GAUCAAUAUUCUGUACAUCACAUGUUUGUAGAUGUAGAUCAUCCAGAUUAGUAAAGUCCUGAGAAGGACUGUUGGUGUUGAUGUUGACUGACGUUUUGACAACCCUAAUCAUCUCACUUGACUUUGCAGAUGACUACCGCUAAGGUUGUCGAAACGUCAGUCAACAUCAACGUCAACAGUCCUUCUCUGGACUCUACUAUCUUGGACGAACUACAAACAUAUAAUGAUACUCCCAGGCUCAAACCAUUUACUUUAGUCAGUGCAUCAUUGAAAACAAAUGAAAUCACUAAAGUAUUUUUGCUUGCACUUUCUAUCUCACUUAUUAUCUUCAGGAACACCGUGUGAUUUUUAUUGAAGAUGUAUUCAAUGAUUGGAAUGUAAUUAUUUUUAACUAAAUGAUACCAUUACAAGACCUUGGAAUACUGUUUUGCAUUUUUUUAACAAGUCGCAUAAAGCCAAGAUCUCGUUCAUGGUGAUUUUUUCAAGCUUAUGGAAGCAUAUUUCGUAUAUUUUGAAUUGGCUUCCAUUAUUCGUUGUCAUUGAAGAGAAUGAGAUAUCACAGGAUAUCAUAGGAUCAGAAAUAGCUCUGCUGACUGAUAUUGUGAAUGGAGAGAGGAACUUUGUUGAUCAAAAAAGAAGGUCUGUGUGACUUAACUAGUGCUCUUUGUGCCCUCUGGUUAAGAUGACGGGAUCCGAGUCAUUGGUGGAGCAAGGAUGAAAAGUUUUUACAGCUUUACUUGUUGCCUUGGUAUGUGAGUGUGUGUUUAGGAGCUGUUUAAAAUAAAAAUCAAGAAAAAGGAGCAGCGACACGCGUGCGGUUAGAGGAAAAAUUAAAACCUUUGUUCUAAAUUUAUCUUUUUCGCAUGACUAUUAUUUUAAAAAGAAAUAAAAAUGUUUACUGUGUUUGCACUAGUUUGCACUAGCUUAUGCAAGUCUCGGAGACGUUUGAAAGAAUUCUCAAGCAGGUGCCUGGGUUGAAACCAAACUGCAUCUAAAAAUUGGUUACCCUUCGAUAUAACAGUUCACUUAUAUACGAGGCGAGACCUGGUGCGAGUUUGUUUGCAUACGUCAUUCGGCGUAACUAUUGCCGCCACAGUUUUAUUUUCAUAUUUUUUCAAAUUUUCAAUUGACUUUUGAAGUUUCGAUGGGAAUGCAGUUGUUUGUUGCGCUGGUUUGUCAGUGUGAUAUUGCUUUUUGGAUUAUUGGUAAUAAGGAAGAUGGUCAUAAUAUCUAUUCGUCAUAUUUUACUGAUCUUAGCGUUCCUUGGCUGUAUUUAUUGCUCUUCAAACUUAGAUGCAGUAAAGGUUAGAAAUUUGGUAAGAAAUGUUGAGGCGAAAGUAAACGAAUUUGCAAUUCAUGCUGCUGGGUCUUCAUUUAUAAAACAGAAGCUGGCAAACUUUUCGCUUACAGCAGUUCCAACAAAUGGCGAAAACUUGAUCAAGAAAAUCCAGGAGAGAAUGAAAGCCCAUUUCAAAUUGAAAACAACUUCGUUACAGAGAAUCAUAUCGAAUGCUGAAGAAGGCUAUAAAAAUCAUCAAUACGAUCAAGAUAUAAAGCCUUUCAAGUACUUUGACUCAAAAAAUAAGGAGAUUGUCGCGUCUUACAAUUUGUCGUAUGAUCCUGUUUUUAAUACGAAGACAUCGCGUCGCUAUAGUAGUAUUCAAGUCCCUGAUCUUGUCAAUGAUAAAGCACCUGAAAUACAGAAUACAAUCAAAUGGACUGCAGAGAUGAACAAUGCAUUCAUAGUAAAUUGGCGUGAAGAUCGUGAUAUAAAAUGGCAGUUUUUUGGCCUUCGCGAUGGCGUUUUUCGAUGGUUUCCAGGUAAUUCAUUUAAUGUCCCGCCAGAUGGUAUUGACCGGUAUGAUGCUAGGAAACGACCUUGGUAUAUUCGUGGCUCGGCUUCACCAAAGAAUGUCGUUAUUGUAAUUGACGGGAGUGGCAGCAUGUAUGGAAGAGGAUUAAACAUCGCAAUACAAGCUGCUUCUGAACUCAUUGAAACUUUGUCCGAAAAUGAUUUCUUUAAUUUGUUCUGGUUUAAUAUUGACGUGCAUUAUUUGGCAUGCGAGGGAAAACUUGUGCAAGCAACUUCACAGAAUAAAAAAUAUUACAAGAAAAAGAUGAAACACAUUCGGGCUGCGUACGUUGCAUCGUUGCCAAUAGCGUAUAAAGCCGCUUUUGAACUUUUAGAUAAGAAUAAAGGAGCAGACUGUCAGAAAAUGAUUUCAGUGUUUACUGAUGGACCUAGCGAUACAGCUGAAAGUGUUUUUAAGAAAUACAACACGAAGAAUGAGGUCCGUUUGUUUACAUAUGCUGUUGGUCCUCCGACUCACGUUGUAGAAGCUUUGAAAUCAAUUGCUUGCAGUAAUAAAGGUUUUUUCUACAGGAUACCAGAUGUUGAGUCAGUUAGAGAUGUCAUUAAGGAAUACGUUACCGUACUGAGCAGACCAAUGGGUGAACAAAACAAAAAAGUUCCUAUAUGGAGCAGUGUAUAUCUUGAUGCUAAUAAUUUAGGUAUGUUGAUAUCUGGAACUCUGCCAGCAUUCGACAGAUCUAACAGAACACUCCUCACAGACAUUUUGGGAGUCGCGGGAAUAGAUGUUUCCCAGAAUGAAUUAAAGAAACAGUCGACUUCGGCAUCGCUGGACAACUAUGGCUAUUUCUUUCUUAUCGAUAACAAUGGACAUGUCAUCUUACACCCUCGAUUUUUCACAGAAACUGGCUACCUACCGGACUCUCCAAAUAUCUACCUCUCAGAAGUUGAGUACAGUUGGAAUGUUAACGGAACUGAACCCGAGAAACUUCAUGCAAACAUUUUAAAAACUGAGGACGAAAUUGGAAAUAUGUCGUUUGAUGCUGCAAUAUUUUCGCAAACUCAGGAAGGUCAUCGAGUAAAGAAAGGAGAAUGAGUUAUUAUUACGCCAAUGUUAAAGAUUCACCUAUCUGGGCUGGCAUUGCAUUCCCAUCAAACUUGAUGAAUAUAAUCCCAAAUA